CGUAUGUAUUAUUUUCAAACAUAGAGAAGGUGUGAAGACAUGAAAGAUACAAUGGUGAUAGCCAUACAACAACGAACCUAAUGGAUGGAUGGCAAUGAUAGGAUCAUCAAUUGAUUGAUGUAUCUAUCAAUCAAUUUUUAUUGUGAUUAGGUUACAUUGAACGUCAUUUUUACAUGAAAGGAUACAUCCAUCAUCCGCAUCCAUCAAUACCAUUUAACAUCCAUCUAUCCCAAAAUACGUAGAUGUGGCAUCAUUGUUGUAUCAACCAUGUCCUUGGGGGAGCGAAAGACGCGAAAAUAUGAAAACAAAUUUACUAAUUAAAACUUAACUUUUUUUAUACAUUCAAUUCCAAUUUAACAAUCUACAUUCGCAAUAAUUCUCACCAAUACCAAUAUAUUUCUCUUGAUUCAAACUUAUUUUCAACCUCAUAAUUCAACUUUCUUCAACUCGCCAUUUCAUUUCAAUGUAAACAGUCUAAGAUGGCUUCCAACAAGAUUGUUAAGCAAGCUGGUGCCCCAGCUGCUGAUGAGUUCGAACUCUCUGUCGCCCAGGCUCUCACUGAUUUAGAGACCAGCGUUCCCGACUUGAAGUCCAUCCGUGGUCUCUACAUCACUAGUGCCAAGGAGGUUGAGCUCGGUGCCGGUAAGAAGGCUAUCGUUAUCUUCGUACCUGUUCCUUUGGCCAAGAGCUUCAACAAGGUUCAACAAAGACUCACUCGUGAACUCGAAAAGAAGUUCUCUGACCGUCACGUUGUCUUCGUUGCUCAACGUCGUAUCUUGGCUGUUCCUACCCGUCGUAACACUGGUAAGCAACCCCGUCCCAGAUCUCGUACCUUGACUGCUGUCCAUGAUGCUAUCUUGGAUGACCUCGUCUUCCCCACCGAAAUUGUCGGUAAGAGACUCCGUCAAAAGGUUGAUGGUUCCAAGACCCUCAAGGUCUUCCUCGAUGCCAAGGAUGCCACCUCUCUUGAAUAUAAGGUUGAUUCUUUCUCCGCUAUUUACAAGAAGCUUACCGGCAAGGACGUCAUCUUCGAAUUCCCUGCUGCUGUUGAGUUCUAAAUAACUUUACUUUUAUUAAACAUACAAUAAAAUCAUAUCGAAAGGAUUUUCUUUUGAAAUUCUAAGGAUUGUGCUUUUUUUUAUUCUAUCUAACAGUUUGUGUGGGAUUACUGACUUGCCUGAUUUAACCUAUUAGCCUCAAAGUUAUGAGCAAACCUCGAUUUCGUAUCAAUUGAGGUGUUAUGAUGGCUUCCAUAUAACGACUUUUUUUUGCUUCUGAAGGAAUACACGAUCUAUACUGCCACUAUAUCGACAUGUUCGUAAAUGUUGAGGGUUGGCUCCGCAGCU